AUGGAUCGCGACAUCGACAACGACCAAAUCUCAGACGAUGAAAUAGACGAUGGCGAGCUCGUCGACUCAGACUUGGACGAGGAUCUCGAGGAGACAUCUAUUAGCAUUGGCCUGAACAAGACGGGCGAGCGUGGCAGCGGCUACCAUACGCGCAAUGACCCGUCCAACAAAUACCAGCGCCAAACCGUGACAGAACGCCGAGGCAUCAUUGAGGUCCGCUGCAAGUCUCGAGACGUCAUCCACGGUGUUCUGUCCAAAGAGACUGGAGAGAACGCAACACUUCUUGUGUACGACUUUUACCUCGACACGACCCGAAGAUCACGGCGAAUCGUGUCCGCCUCGCUCGAGUUCGAGUUUGGAAGCUCCGUCUCCGGAGUCCCAGCGCCCCAAGUCCAAGCCAUUGCACCCGCAGGACGAAUCACUCUGCUGCACUCGACCCAGGAGGAGUCCGUCACUCAGGGCGCCGAGCUGAACGCAGGCGCGGGCGAGUUCGGCGCCACUGCCGGCGGCAAAGUCAGUUGGGAGAAGACCGUGAGCCGCACCACGAGCGACGAUGCCCGCGUGACGGGACACAUCUUCAGCGACGACUAUGGCAAGGGCGUGGGCGCCAGCUGGACCAUCCACGAGAACACUACGAUCAAGUCCGGGACGCCGAGCUUCCUGCGGUGUGCGAUCCUGCUCAAUCGCGGGUUUGACGACAACCAGUUUCAGUGCAAGGUGAGGAUCAAGGUCGAGGCGGACUGGAAGUCGGAAAUGGGCCGGUUGUUUGGCUCGACGCCGGCGGACGAUCCCAUCUUGUUUGAUCCUGAUAUGCCUCCGACCAACAAGCUGCGCAAAUAUGACACGGAGAACCUGGGGUCUAUUGAUCUGGACGAGUUUGUGGACAUUGUCUUUGACAAGAAGUUGAAGAAGAAGGAAGAGUCAUAA